AAAUAACCUCCUCACCACAACUCUUCCUCACGUCUCUCUCUCUCUGUAGUGUCACAUGAUUGGCAGUCACAUGACCCAGUGUUAUUAAAGUAAAUGUUGUGCGGAGGUCGCUGGAGAGCUGCUGCAUAGGAAGUGCGUUCUGGUCAUGAUGUCCUGGAGAGGGUCCAAGAGCAGAAGAGGAGUGAGACCUGAGGCGGUAGCCUGGGGGGUGCACGUGCUCCUCAUGUUAUAUACAGUGUGCUCUGCAACCUCCUUAUAUAAUGACCCUGUGCAGUGUAAUGUGGCCCCUGACAGCCGGUUUGACUGCGCCCCAGAAAAGGUUCUCACAAAGGAGCAGUGUGAAGCCCGUGGCUGCUGUUACUGCCCAACAGAGAACUCACCGGGCAUUGGGCAACCCUGGUGCUUCUUCCCACCCUCAUAUCCAAGCUACAAGAUGUCCAACCUGUCCCAAACAGACACUGGGCUCAGAGCCACUCUCACCCGCACCGUCAACACAUUUAUGCCCAAGGAUAUAAUGACCCUGCAACUGGACGUGCACUUUGAGACAGAGGGACGACUGCACGUUACUAUUAAGGACCCCGCUGUGAAGCGUUACGAGGUUCCAAUAAGGACGCCACAUAUAAGCGGGAAAGCAGCCUCCUCCUUAUAUGAUGUCCAGUUUUCACCUAACCCCUUUGGCCUUAUUGUAGUAAGGAAAUCCAAUGGACAUGUCUUGCUGAACACCACUCUGGCUCCACUGCUGUUUGCUGACCAGUUCCUGCAAAUCUCCACCUCUCUCCCCUCCCAGUAUUUAUAUGGACUAGGGGAGCAUCUCACUUCCAUCAACCUGGACCUCAAGUGGAACAGACUUACUUUCUGGAAUAGAGACCAGCUUCCAUCGAGGGAUACCAACCUGUACGGGAGUCAUCCAUUUUACCUAUCUUUAGAGAAAGAUGGUUCCGCCCACGGAGUUUUCCUACUUAACAGCAAUGCCAUGGAUGUGCUCUUACAAGCCACUCCUGCACUGACCUGGAGGACCACGGGAGGCAUCCUGGACUUCUACAUCUUUUUAGGGCCAGAGCCCAAGGCUGUGAUCACACAGUAUCAGGAGGUCAUUGGCUUCCCAUUCAUGCCGCCUUACUGGGGGCUUGGAUUCCACUUGUGUCGCUGGGGGUACAGCACAUCGAACCUGACCCGUCAGGUGGUAAAAAAGAUGAGAGAAGCUCAUAUGCCCAUGGACGUCCAGUGGAAUGACAUUGAUUAUAUGGAUGCAUUUCAUGAUUUCACAUAUGACCAGAAAAGAUUUGGGGAUUAUUCAGAGAUGGUGAAGGAGUUUCAUCAACAGGGCUUGAAAUAUGUCAUGAUUGUGGAUCCAGCCAUCAGUAACACCGGUCCCCCUGGAUGUUACCCACCAUACGAUGAUGGACUGAAGCGAGGGGUGUUCAUCACUAACGCAACUGGACAGCCCCUAGUGGGGAAGGUCUGGCCUGGUCUCACAGUGUACCCUGACUUCACAAACCCAGAGACAUUUAGCUGGUGGUAUGACCUGGUGCAGAAUUUUCAUGACCAAGUUCCAUUUGAUGGGAUGUGGAUUGACAUGAAUGAACCAUCUAACUUUGUCCAUGGCUCUAUAGAUAACUGUCCGGAUAACGAAUUAGAAAGCCCUCCAUAUGUCCCAGGGGUCGCAGGAGGUGCCUUAAGACAUACAACAAUCUGUGCUUCCAGCCACCAGAACUACUCUACCCACUACAACCUGCACAAUCUGUACGGCCUCACGGAAGCUAUAGCGUCACACUACGCCUUGGUGAAAGUUCGGAGGAAGCGUCCCUUUAUUAUUUCUCGUUCCACAUUUUCAAGUCAUGGACAUUACGCUGGACACUGGACAGGAGAUGUGCCGGCCACCUGGGAGCAGCUAUACUACUCUGUACCAGCUAUCCUCCUGUUUAACAUGUAUGGCGUGCCCCUAGUGGGAGCAGAUAUCUGUGGGUUUGGGGGUGACACUACAGAGGAGUUGUGUGUACGCUGGAGUCAGCUCGGAGCGUUCUAUCCCUUCAUGAGAAACCACAAUGACCGUGAUUCUAAGGCCCAGGAGCCAUUUGUAUUCAGUGAGCAAGCUCAGAAUGCCAUAAGGACAGCCUUAGUCAUGCGCUAUUCGCUGCUCCCAUAUCUGUACACACUGUUCCACAAGGCCCACACUACAGGGGAGACUGUCGCUCGAGCUCUCUUCAUAGAGUUCCCCUCUGACCCAAACACAUGGACAAUUGACCGCCAGUUUCUGUGGGGGGAAGCUUUGCUAAUAACUCCCGUUUUGGAGCAGGGGAAAACAGAAGUGAAUGGAUACUUCCCUCCUGGCACUUGGUACUCUCCAUUUUCGGGUGAAGGUAUUCAAAGUAAAGGUCAAUGGAUCCUGCUGCCUGGCUCACUGGAUAUCAUAAAUCUUCACAUAAGAGGUGGCUACAUCGUUCCUGGUCAGAUUCCUGAGUUGAACACAGAGGAGAUGAUCAACAACUCCUUGGCGCUAAUUGUUGCCCUGACGCCAAAUAGUGAAGCCCGUGGGGAUCUGUUCUUGGAUGACGGUGACAGUCUAGAGACAUUUGAGAGGGGGGAUUACACCCAGAUUCUCUUCCUGGCAGCAAAUAAUGCUCUGCUGAGUGAAGUGAUCAAACUGAAUAGUAAGGCAGAUGCCCUAAUUGUAGCAUAUGUGAGUGUAUUCGGAGUGACCAACCCCCCUCAAAAAGUGCUGGUUAAUGGGGUUCCCACUGAAGAUUUCAGCUAUUUAGAAGAGAUCCUGAGAAUACAGAAUCUGUCCCUGCCAAUAAAAGAAAAGUUUAUGAUCACAUGGUCCUGAAGAAAAUGCCCAUUUGUUACGUACCCAGCACUGAUGACGUUCAUGAACACUGAAUAAUCUAUUGUUGCGCAGGAAUCACUUUGACUUUUAGUGAAAGUGAAUCCUCUUCUAUCCCAUUUGUUGGGAUAGUCUAAUUGAUCAAAAAAAAUUUUUUUUUAAUAAAAUAUUGCUCUAAA